AUGAACCAUUUUUUUAAAAUAACUUUUUGUAUCUUAUUUUUAAAUUUACACAAAAACGAAAAAAAUGUUGUAAGUAAAGAAAUUGUAAAUUAUAGAAUGCCCAAUUUAAGAAGUGGGUCUCCAAGAACAGAAAUUUCAAUAAAGGCAGAAGAUAAUAAUUCAGAAGCAGAAUUGAGGGAUACAGACGUCUCAAUUAGUGAGACAGAAAAAUUAUCACCUGAACCAAAAGCGGAAAAAUCAGAUGGCGAUACAGUUGACCACGAAGAUGACAACACAGGUAGUCAUACAGAUGGAAAGAAAGAUGACCAGACAGAUGGCAAUAAUGAUGACGACAGAAAUAGCAAGAAUGAUGAGAAGGCAGAUAGAGAGAAAGAUAAGGAGACAGAUGACGAUACAGAUGCCAACACAGGAAAAGAGGGAAAAAACAAAAGUGAUGGUGAACAUCAGGAGGAUAAAGGAGAUGAAAAUAAAAAAGCAAAAGAAGAAAUAAGAACACAUAUAGAGAACAUCAAAAAGGCAAAAGAAGAAGCCACAAAUGCAAAAACUGAUGCUGAAACGGCAUUAAAAAAGGCACAAGAAGCAAAAGGGAAGGUACAAGAGGAAGGAAAAAUGAAAGAAGCACUGAGUGAAGCAGUAAAAAUAGCAGACGAUGCAGUGAAAACAGCAAAGGAGCAAGAAAAAAAAGCACAGGAAGAAGAAAGCAAAGCAAAAGAAGAAGCCACAAAUGCAAUAACUGAUGCUGAAACGGCAUUAAAAAAUGUACAAGAAGCAGAAAGGAAGGUACAAGAGGAAGGAAAAAUGGAAGAAGCACUGAGUGAAGCAAAAACAAUAUCACAGGAAGGAGUGGAAACAUCAAAGGAACCAGAAAAAAAAUCACAGAAAGAAGGCACAGCCGUAGGAGUAGAGAUAAAUGGUGAAGGAGAAAAUUCCAACAAACUGGAACAAGAAAAAAAAGCACAGGAAGAAGCAGAAAAAGCAUUACAACAAGAAAGCAAUGAUGGGGGCGAAAUUUCCAACAAACUGGAACAAGUAAAAGAGCACAAAAAUGAGGCAGAGAAAGCAGCCAAUAUAGCGAAGGCAUCAAAAAAGAAAGCAGAACUCGCAGCAGAAAUAGCAGCGGAGGUAGUAAAAGUAAAAGAGUUGGAGGAUCAAGCAAAAAAAUCAGUGAUAGAAGCAAAAGAAACAAACGAAAAUCUUUCAAAGGAUACAUCAAAACCCAAUACAGAAAACGUAGAAGCAGCACUUAAAAAAGUGCAAGAACACGUUGAAACAGCCGUAGCAAAGGAGGAAGAGACAAAAAAGGCGGUACAAGAAACAGCAGAAAAAGCAAUAUUGGCAUUAAGUAAAGUAAGCAAAAAUGAAGAUGCACAAACAGAAAUAAGUGCCUUAAAAGAAAAUUUCACAACUAUAUCACAAGCAACAGGUGCAACAAAGGUGGCACAAAAGAAAGCUGAAAUUGCAGCUGAAGUAGCAAAAAUAGAAAUAGAAAAGGAAAAAGUGAACAAAAUUUCCAACAGUGCUAAUGAAGCAAAAACUAAAGCUAUGCAAAUAGCAACAGAAAUUGAAAAAAUAAAAAUAAAUGAUGUAUCAAAAUCAGAAAAAGUAAAAGAUGCGAAAAAUCAAGUGUUGACUCAAACGAACGAAUCAGAUAAGGCGAAGGAGCUUGCAGAAAAAUCAGCAAACGAUGCAAAAGAAGUAGAAGUGUCAAUAAAUGAUAAAAACGAUGAAAAUGCACUAAAUGAAGCAAAAACAAAGUUACAAGAAGCAUUAAAAUUGGCAAAAAAGGCAGAAGCAGAUGCAACAAAAGCAUCAGAAGAAAUAAAGAAGGCACUAGCAAGAACAGAAGUAUCAGCUGAAGUAGUGAAAGCAGAAGCUGCAAAAGAAGAAGCUAAGAAAGAGGAAAACGCAGCUGAGGAAGCAAAAACAAGAUCACAAAAAAUAAAAGAGGAAGGAAAAUUAGAAGAAAAUGCGAUACAAGAAGUAAUAAAAGCAGUAGAUGAAGCAAAGAAAAAUGUACAAAUCGCUGAAAAAAAUGCAAAGGAAGUAUCAGAGGAAGCAGAUAAAGCAGAUACACAAGAAAAGAUAAAUGCUAUAAAAGAAAAAACAUUAAAAGCAAUAAAAGCAGCAGAAGAUGCUAAGAAGGCAAGAGAAUUGUCCGAAAUAGAAGAAAAUAUUAUAAAAGCAGGAGUGGCAAUAGCAGAAGCGGAUAAGACAGCAAAGGAUGCAGAACAGGCAAAGACAGAAGCACAAAAUGCAUUCAAUGAAGCGCAAAAAGAGGCAGCUAAAGUUGAAGGUUCGAAAGAUGAAGCUGCAAAAGAGGCAGUAAAGAAAGCAGAGGUAGAAGCAAAAAGUGCAUUAACAGCACAGGAAAAGGUAAAACAGCAAACAGAAAAAGCAAGAGUUGGAGCAGAAAAGGCAAGAGGUGAAGCGGAAAAGGCAAAACAAGACGGAAAAAUAGACACAAAAGAAGAUGGAAAAACAGUAAAUGUAAAUAGUGCAAAAGUAGAAGCAAUAAAAGCAAAAGCAGCCGAAGCAACGGAGUCUGUGAAAAUGGCAAAGGAAGAGUUAAAAAAAGUACAAACCGCAAGCGAAAAUGCAAAAAUAGCAUUAGAAGUAACAAAAGCUGAAGUGUCAAAGGUAUUAGCAGAAAAGGAAGCCGUAUCUGCAGAAACAGCAGCAAAUAGUGCAAUUAGUGAAGCAAAGGAAUCAAAUGUAAUUAGUGAGGCAAAACAGAGAGCACAAGAUGCGACAAGAAAAGCAAAAGAACACACAGACACUGCUACUACAGCAGCAUCUAAUGCUCAAAAAGCAGUAAAAUUAAACGAUGCUGAAAGAGAAUCAAAAAAAGCACAAGAUGCGUCAAGUGAAGCGAAGAAAGAGAGGGUAAAAGCAGAACUUGCCACCCAAGUUGUAAAAGCAGAAGCAGCAAAAGAAGAUGCAAAAAGUGAAAUGGAAGAGGCGAAAAAAGCAAAUGCGCGAGCAGAGGAAGCAGUAAAAAAAGCAAAAACAGCAGAUAUAGCUAGAAAAAAGGCUGAAAAGGCAAAAGAAGAUGCUGAAAAACAUGCAACUAAAACACAAGAAUUAGCAGAUGAAGUAAAAGCUUUAGAAAAGGCAGGAAAUGAAGAAAAUAUAAGUGAAGCAAAAAAUAAAGUAUUAGAAGCAGUAAAAGAAGCAGAAAAAACAAGGAAAGAAAGAGAACUAGCGGUAAUAGCAGCAGAGGUAGCAGAAUAUUUAGAAAAAGCAGAAAACGCAAAAGGAGAAGCACAAAAAGCGAAAGAAGACGCAGUGGGGGCAAAAAGUGAAGCUUCCAAAUUCGCAGAUGAAUCAAAAGCCGCAAAAGCAGUAGAAGCAGCAACUAAGGCAGCGAAUGCUUCAAACAGAGCUUCAGAAAAAGCAGAUGAAGCAGAAAAAGAAGCAUUAGAUGCAGUACAAGAAGCAACAACUGGUAUAGAUGAUAUAACAGAUAAAGCAGAUUCGAUAAAACAGAAGACAAACAAAGUAGCAGAAUUGGCUGGUGAAGCUAAGAAAGCCAAAACAGAGGCACAAAUAGAAGCAGAAGUGGCAAAAGCAGAAGCAGCAAAAGAAGAAGCUAACAGAGCGCUAAUUGCAGCUGAAGAAGGGAGAAAAGAAACAGAAAGGGUAACAAAUGCAACAAAAUCAGAAGAAGUACAGAGACAAAAAAAAGAAGUAGACAAAGCCGCAGAUUUAGCAAAAGACAAUGCAGAAUCUGCAUCAAACAAUGCAAAAGAAGCCAACUCUAUUGCUGACAAUGCAAAGAGUAUAAUAAACACUGAAGAAACAGAAGCAGAAGUGGAGAAAAAAUUAGAUGAACUUAAAAAAAAAGCAGAAAAUGCAUCAAAACACGCAAAAGAAGCUAAAAAAGCGCAAAUACAAACACAGAUAGCAGCAGAAGUGGCUAAAGCAGAAUCGGCAAAGGAAGAAGCCAAAAAUGCACAUGUGGCAACCGAAAUAGUGAUGAAGCAAACUGAAGAAGUGACCAAAGGGGUAGAAACUGAAGUGAAGGCAAAAGUUGAAGCGGAAAAAGCUGUGGAUAUAGCAAAAAAAAAAGCAGAAAUAGCGGAGAAUUUGUCAAAGGAAGUAUCAGAAAAAGCGAAAGAAGCAAAAAAAGAGGUAGAGACGAAUGGACAUAGUGAAGAUAAAAAGGCAGAUAUAUUAUCGAAAAUUAGUUAUAUAAAAGAAAAAACGUUAGAAGUUAUAGAAGCAGCAGAAGAUGCAAAGAAGCAAAAAGAAAUAGCCCAAAUAACAGAACUGGUUGCAAAAGUAGAAGUGGAAAAUGAUAAAGCAAGGAAAGCUGCUACUGCAGCAGAAGAAGCAACAAAUGCUGCAAACAGAUCGGCUGCAGAAGCAGAGGAAGCAAAAACGAAAGAAGAGUCAGCAGAGAAAGACGCGCAUAUGGCUAAAGAAAAAGAACAAGAAGCAAUAGGGAAGGCAAAAGAAGCAUUAGACGCAGCAGCAAUAGUACAAGCUGAACUGUUAGUAGCAGAAAAAGAACUGAAGAAUGCAAUAGAAGCCCCAAACGCAGAAACAUUAGAAAAUGCAAAAAAUAAAGUUCUUAUAACUGUAGAAAAAGCAGUUUUGAAAGCACAAGCAGCAGAGAUGGCAUCGAAAGACGCAGCAGACAAGGCGAAUAAAGCGAGAGAAGCUGCAGAGAGAGCAAAAAAGGAAGCGGAAGAAUCGUUGAGGAAGAAAAAUCUAGGAGUACUAGAUAUUGUAAAAAAAUAUUCACGGAAAAGUUACAAUGCAGUAGACAGUGAUGAAAAGGAACUUGGAGAAACAGAAGAACAAGAAAAAGAACAGACGGAAGAAGAGGAAGAAGUAGAAGAAGCGGAUAUAUCACAAGAGGAGGUAGAAACGAACCCAGAUGAAGAGGAAGAGAGUGAGCAAGACGAAGACGAGGAGGGGGAAGAAGAAGAGAAAGGAAAAGAAGAAAAAGACGAAGGAAAACAAGUUGAAACGAUACAUAAACCCACUGAAAACAAAAUCGAAAAUGAAAAUAAUCUAUCCGAAGAACGAAUUAACGAACCAAUUAAUGAUAGUAAUGCCCACACGAUACUUGAAGAUAACUACAAAAAUAUAGUCGAGGUUAAAAAGCUAGCUGAUGAAUUAACAAAAAGUGUAAUUAACACAAUAAAUGAUGAUAGUGGAGUUACAGAUUCUUUAAAAGAUUUUGCGCAAGAUCUGAAUCAAUUUCUGUUGAACAUGUGA